AUCGUACUUUUUUAUUUGCCAUUUACAGGUACAGGUUAGUAGAACAUUUGUGAAUCAUGUUAGGUCUUGUUAUUCUUAUAUAAGGCACCUAUAAACAGUCAUUCUCGAACCAAUCUCUCUAUUAUCCCCCUUAUUUUAUUGAAAUCAAAUGUUCUUAUUGAACAUUUGAACAUACCUGUACUUCAUAACUAUGCUGAAAAUGGAGACUCCGUACAUAAACAUCUCCACAUCAUUAACUGUAAGUUAAAUAACAAGAUCUUUCUUUUUCUUUUUAUUAUUUAGUCUUAAAGUAUGUAACUCAUCCAAAGUGCUUGUACUAGCUGUUACUAUUGUAAAGGUAACAUUAGGACAUAAAAAAAAUGGUUACAUAAGGAAUCAAGACCUUUGGACCAUUCAGAUUUGGACCAUGUAACAACAGCAUAACAUGCCAAUGUAACAUGACGCAACAGAACAUAUAACAUGUAACAUGUAACAUAUAAUUUAACAUCCCAUAUCAAUGUAACAUAAGGUCAAAUAUAAUGUAACAUCACACAAAUUAAUGUAACCUUAAUGUAUAAUAAUAUAAUAAUAAUGUAACAGUGUAACAAGAUAUGAUGCAACAUACUGUAUAACAGUGUAAAAUAUAACAAUGUAAUGAAUGACAUAAUGAAUUGUAACACUACACAGUGUAAUGUAACAACAGCAUAACAUAACACAAUGUAACAUGAUGCAACAGAACAUAGCAUAUUGUAACUUAAGGUAAAAUGACAUAGGCAAAUGUAACAUAUAAUUUAACACACCAUGCCAAUGUAACAUAAGGUCAAAUAUAAUGUAACAUCACACAAAGUAAUGUAACCUUAUACAACUUAAUGUAAUAUAAUGAAGCAGCGCAUAAUACAAGAUAUAACAAUGUAACUUAACAUGAUGUAAUGGAACAUUAUGAAGCAUAAUGUAACAGUGUAACAUAACAUGGUGCAUCAAAUAACAAUGUAAAACAACAAAGUAAUAUAACUAUGUAACCUCACACAGCAUAAUGCAAUGCAAUGUUUAACGAUAUGAUGCAACAUUACCUAGCGUAAUGAAACAGUGUAACAUAAUAUGAUGCAACAUACUAUAUAACAGUGUAACAUAUAACAAUGUAAUGAAUGACAAUGUAAUGUAACACUACACAGUGUAAUGUAACAACAUAAUACAGCAUUCAAUGUAAUGCAACAUUGCAUAGCAUAAUGUAACAACUUGAAGCAACAUAAUAUAUUAUAUAACAUAAUGUAAUGUAACGUUACAUAACAAACAAACAUUGCGUUAUGUAUCACAGUUUUAAUAACAUAUUACAAGCAAACAAGCUGUUUUAAACAGUAUUCUGUUAGGAAAAUACUCAUAGAGAAUGGAGAAUCCAAUCCAUAAUACACAAAUUCACUUCCUGUCUAUACAUUUGCUCAAAACCACCAGCAGCCAGUACAUAAUCGAAGUGCAUCUGUCACGCAUUAUUGCAGAGAAUGCCAAAGCUGGCUUUUGAAACUAUGCAAGGAAUAGAUCCUCUGCAAAUCCCAGUCUGACUACUGCCUCGUUGGCUUCUCUCUGUCCCUUACAGAUAACCCCGUAACUAAUAUCAUGUAUCAAAACUCCGUGGUGUGUAGAUGCAGCAUGGCUACAUCCUGGAAACUCCUCUACUUUAUUUUAAACAAACACUUUCUCCCAAUCAAUGUGGAUUGCUCCACUGGGUUCACUAACUGUCUUCUCGCAUUAGAAAGGAAAUGGUCUGAUUUAGGAUUUAGCACUGGAGUCUUUCUGGUUAAUUUAAAAAGUCCCUGUUGAUGUUUAUUGGAAAAAUAAUUCCCGGUCUGGGUUCAGAUUGAGGUUCAGUCUGAGCUGGAUGAUCGUGGUUACUGUCGUUCUGUCAUAUCGGCUUCAUGUUGCGCCAAGUGAUUAAAAAAAAUGGAGAAGCCAGACUUUCACACUCAAAUCCAGGACUGAGCUUGAGACCCUGGAGAGAAUCUUAAAAAAAAAAAUCCCCACCCUUCCUGAUCCCCUCAUCUCCCCGCCUGCCUCUGAAAACUUUACGGUGGGAUAAUGCGUUCCACAUGCUAGUGUUCACCCACUAAAUCACUGCAUCCCAAAUAGCCAAUCCCCCCCCCCAUCUCAUUACGUUCAUGUCGGCUGUCUCGAAGAAGGACUUCUGGAGAAUGGAUUGGCUCGUAGAUUCUAACUUGUUUACGGGGAAAGUUUGAACAAGUAUGAACAUUAUUAAAAAGUCUCAUACUUGGAUGCAAUCGGGUUGGCGUAUCUCAGGACCACGUAAUUGGGUACAUUGUUGGCCUCCCAUUGGGUUCUGUAAUGAGGUACUUCGUCAGCCUUCUAAUCAUAUUCUGUCGGGUCUUCGUAGAAUAACUUCCAUCCGUUUGAACGUCACCAAAUUGGGAUGUAAAACCUUCCAAUUUGGGUUUACCAUCUUAGUCCCAGCUAGGUGCUUUUUUAAAGACUCGGAAAUAAAAACGACUUUUCCUGAAGCACACUAUAGUGCAGAAUGGACAUUAAUCAGUUAACAUUCAGAGGUAAGGACAGCGUUUUAAAGAAAGAAAAAAGGAAAGGGUUUUUUUUUUUUUUUUUGAGUCGUGGUAGAAGGCUUUCCAGAAAUCUGUCAAGUCAAAUAAUGCAAGAUUGCUAGUGAGGGUUUUUUUGUGCUUGAACGCUUACCUGACAGCGAGAUCAUUAUGUUCUGCAUAACAAGCUUAACCCACUUACAUCUGUCCCAAUCAACAAAAUCUGCUGUGCUAAACAGACAGUAUGCCAUUUUCCAAAGCCAGCGAUUUGAGUUGAGGUUCUUCUGGGAAUCUGUGGAAAAGCCUCAAGUAGACAGAGAUUAACUAUAAAAUCUAUCAAGCUUUCCAUGUACAAAUUACAGUAUAAAUGAUGGUAUUUAUUUAUAUAGCACUUUUAAUUCAAAGUCAAUUACUUUUAAAUAUUGUGAAAGGCUUGUGGAUGCUAAAGAUUUUGUGGAUAUAUAAGACAAAACACAAAAUUUACCACAGACUAAGCUACAACUAAUCCUAAAUAGAGACCCCCAAACCUGCCUUGAUUAAUAAUGUAUUGGAAAUGGGUUAUAAUGGUUCAGAAUAUUAAAAAGAUAUGUCAGAGCUUAACCAGCCAAGAGCUUAUAUCAGAGUUUAACCAAGUCCAUGUGACCAUUAUUUCAACUAACUGGUAAUCAUCAAAAAAAAAAAAAAAGACAGACAAUGUAGUCUAGCCAAUCAAAUUGCACAUUUCUACACCUGUAGGACUUGAGUGAUGUCUUGGAUUUGGAUUUACACUUGGACAAUGGUCUUGCUAAAUAUGGUCUUCUCUUACAGAUGCACGGAUAAUGGUGUAAUCAUUGGUGCAGUGCAUUAAUGAAGGCAACAAGCUGAAUUUUGAAGUUGAUACUUGAUCCUGAAAAGAAUUUGGGGGUCUUUGGUCUUGCUUUAAUUUGGGCUUGGACUUAAAUGGUCUUGGCCUUGAACUUCUUAGGACUCGAUCUUGAAUUUUUGUUGCUUUUAUCCAGACUUUGACAUUGACUAAACUUGUAUUUGACCUAAUUAAGACUUUAUCUUGACUUAAUCUUGUUUUAAUAUGGGUUUGAGCUAGACUUGACUUGGACUUGACCCACUUAAGACCCCAACCUGACCUGAUCUUGGUUUGCCUUGGACUUGGAAUUAACAAUAGAUCUUAUUUUUACUUUGAUUUGGGCUUGUACUUGACUUGACUUGGACUUGACCCCUUUAAGACCCCAUCCUGACCUGGUCUUGGCUAGUCUAUAGUUGUGUUGCUUAAUGUCCUACAAAUGCCUGACCGAGCUAUAGAUUUAGAAGCUCUGGACAGAGAUUUUAAGGAACUUUCUAUUAAAGAACUUUCCAUUUGAAAGACCUUUAUACAGUCUGUAAAUACUUGGAACAAUGGACCAUUUGGUCAUCCAGAUUUGUGUCAUUCAUUUUUGAGAUGACAUUUCCCUGAAGAGCUAUAACUCUGCGUAAUGUAUUGUGCUUGGCCCAUUCAAGGACCUCGAAUAGCAAUGUUCUUACUUUGGAAAGUAACAGGAAAGGAAGACUACUCACUCAUUUACCAGACACGGCGGACACGAGACAAGCGGUAAAACAUAAGCCAAAUAAAAGGCUUGUCUGCUACAGAUAAUGCACCGCAUUGUGUCUUGCUGACCCUCGGACACUCCGACCGCUACGGUUAUUGUUUCAGCACGCAUACACUUUCACUGGCAUGUGAGUCACUGUCCAAGGCGUCCAACUCAGAAUACCCGCAGCUGCCAUUAGUCAAACUGUGGUCAUGACAUCUACCGAGGCUAGCGGCUCUGUUUCCACUGAUGAACCUGAUUUUCAUUUAGGCCUGCUUCUCUCUCUCUGUCUCCUUUUUUUUCAUGUUAGAUUCCGAGACAGACAGACAACAUUCGCUUCCCUCUGGUCUGUAAUUUGACAAAACCUAAUAAUUACAAGCGACAAAAUAAAAGGUCUGUGUCCUUCACAAAAUAAAUGGGACACAGUAGAGGAAAAUAUUUGACUUUGUAUUCAAUUUGCAUAUAAUCCUUCAUGGCUUUUUUUCAUUUGCAUAUUAUCAUACUCGGGUCAUGCCCCGCAUUUUACUUUACUAGCAUAACUGAACAUGCAUUUUUUUUCCCCUUAAAUGCCAUGUAAUAGGUUUUCCUAUUUCCGCAAAAAGUCCCCCCCCAUCCCUUUUAGUGUCAUUUACAUAACUUAACAAUUACAACUGACUGGAUAAAAAGACAAGCAGAUGUCCUCCAGAUGAAUCUCGAGACGAAACUCCUAAAACUUGUGUACAACCCCGGAGACUGCGUUGUUUUCAUAUCCUAUUAAAUUAUGAUGGGCUACAUUAAAUUAUACGUUAACUUUUUAAAUAUGACCCAAGAGCGGGGGUUAAUUUCCGGAGGGGGGAAGAAGAGGACGUAUCGUUCCCGCUUUGUUGUUUCGGAUGAAGCCUGGAAUCGCGAAUGCGCGUCUUCUAUUAAAACGGCUACAAUUGUUUAAAAGGUGAAAAAAAUUCAGCUCUCGGGGGUCAAACUGCGGUAUUAAGUUCACGCCUAUGCAAGAGUGAAAAAUGUUCAAGUCAAGUUUACUGCUCCUGGAGGCCAAGUUGAUUCGUUUUUACGUAGUUUCCACAUAUACUUUCCUUCACAGCUAGUUACAACGCUAGCUAGUUUGCAAAUUACUUUUCUUUCGGCUUUUCCCAUUAGGGGUCGCCACAGCGGAUCAUCCGCAUGUUUGUUUUGGCACAUGUUUUUACGCUGGAUUCCCUUCCCAUUUAUCCGGGCUUGCGACCGGCACUAAGGCUUGUGCAACCCUAACGGCUGGGGUUGGUUCCCUGACCGGGGAUCAAACCCGGGCCGCAACGGUGAGAGCGCCACAUCCUAACCACUAGACCACCAGGGACCAGCUGUGUUAAAAUCUAGCAUGGACCUGAGAAGCAGAUGAAUACAUUCACACUGUGCACCAACAUUUUUUUCCAUUGUAUACAAAGUGGGUGAAUUAAUGCAGUGGUAGUGGAGCUUUGCCAUCUCGGUUCCUCAGAUCCUGGGCUUGGGUUACUCUCUUUUUCAAUUUUCCACAAGGGUUUCCUUCUUAUUCUCUGGAAUUCUCCUACCUAGCAAGACGUACCAGUAGGUGGAUUGGCAGCACUAGUUGUGUACGAGUCCUGGGAUCCUUCAACACUGACCAGGAUACAGAACUUACUGAAGUUCAGAAAUGUAAAAAAUUCAACUGACUUGUGAAUUGGUACUUUGAUACUGUUUUUUUGUUGUUGUUGUUUGCUGUAAAAGAGGGAUGGAGUACUCCGUCCACGACUUUUACUUGGUCUAAUCACGUGCCUCUGACCAUUUAAAAAAAAAAAAACAAAGUCUGAACUACAGGAGCUGAGAACUUGAUGUGGCAGGAAGAAAUCCCAUCAGUCCAUGAUGUACCUUCAGUGUGCUUCCCAUGGCCCCCAGAAAACAUGGAGUGAGAGGAGUGAAAAAAGAAAAAAAAAACAGCAGGAGGUUGGAAGUUGGAGGAGGAGGAGGAGGAAGAAGGUGGAGGGCGGAGUGGGAGGAGCUUGUAAAGCCCGAGCUCCCCGCCCACUGGUGCUUCUACUGGCUUCUCAUAAACUUGGACGCGUCCUGCUGAACGAUGACCAAACGGCACGAAGGAGCACGAGCGAGCCAUCGUGUCGCGUCAGCGCGCGCUGGAUAAAUCCUUACCAUCCUUCAUCCUCAUCAUCAUCUUUUUUUCCCCCAAAGAAAAAAUAGGAGGGGGGGAGAACUUAUGAAAAAAGAGACAGAUAGAAAGUCCAGACUGCGGUAGCAACACCUCAGAAGGGAGAAGCAGAUCAGAGGCGUCCUCUACAAGCUCCAGAAGAUCUCGAAAUCCCAGGAGGAGUUCUCUAUCAGUCCCGAAGUCAAGGAUCUCAGGCUUCCAGGGAAUGAAGGGAAUGAUCACGCGGAGAAGAAGCGCGUCCCGGGACAUGAUCGUCUUAUUGUUUUUCAUGCUGCGCGCUCCCGGCGCACACUGCGCGCUCCCUUCCACCCCGAUGGCAAGCGUGCACCCUCAGGACCCAGCCCUUCGGAUUGGUGCAAGCUUGACCGCCACGUGUUCUGUCGGAACGGACCACGGACUACAUGCCAGCUCGCUGUACUGGACGCUGAACGGCCGACGGCUUCCCAGCAACACCUACAGCGUGCUCAGCCCCAGCGUCGUCAGCGUCACAUUGAGCAACUUGAGCGGCUCGCGGCAGCGCUCGGGCGACAACCUGGUGUGUCACAGCGGCGGGGGGCACGUGCUUGCCGGGUCCUGUCUCUACGUGGGCAUGCCGCCGGAGAAACCCGUGAACCUCACGUGCUGGUCGAGAAACACAAAAGAUCUUACCUGCAAAUGGGCUCCUGGGGGUCAGGGCGAGACCUUCAUUAAGACCAAAUACACCCUCAAAUACAAGCUGAAAUGGUACGGCCAGGAAAAAGAGUGUGAUGACUAUAGCGGAGGACAGCCAUACACAUGCUACAUCCCACGCGAUCUCGCCCUCUUCACGCCCUAUGAAAUCUGGGUGGAGGCUUCCAACCAACUUGGGAGUGCCACCUCAGACGUCAUCAACCUAGACAUCCUGGACGUGGUGACAACGGAUCCUCCGGCAGACGUGCAUGUGAGUCGCGUUGGUGAUUUGGAUGACCAGCUGACCGUUCGCUGGGGUACUCCGCCUGCCCUCAAGGACUAUCUCUUCCAGGCCAAGUAUCAGAUCCGCUACAGGCUUGAAGACAGCACUGAGUGGAAGGUGGUUGAUGACAUGGGAAACCAGACGUCCUGCAGGUUGGCUGGGCUCAGGCCGGGGACCGUAUACUUCGUGCAGGUGCGGUGUAAUCCAGUGGGCAUCCUUGGAUCCAGGAAGGCAGGCAUCUGGAGUGACUGGAGUCACCCAACAGCAGCAUCCACUCCACACAGUGAACGCUCAAUGGUGGGUUCGUGCGACUCCAAAGCUGCCCGGCAGAACUCAACGCUACGUCAGGACUUGAAGCAGUUCUUCAGCUGGGUGCGCAAACGCGUCUCCGACUGCAGUGCUAUGAGCAUCAAACAGUACGACCAGUGGCGUGUCUGGCUGCAAAAGUCUCACAAAACCCGAAACCAGGUUCUUCAAGGAGACAAAUCGUAGCGAUGUCACGCCCUUGGCUGCUUAAAUCAGUGGACAAGAUGGGGGAUUGCUGAGGUGGGCUGGGAAGGGACAGCUAGUUUUCUUGUUCCUGACACACUAGCUGUUAGUCCUGCUGCGGAAACCGACUUCAGAAGGAACAACACGAGAUUUCAAUUCCACUGGACACUUUAUAUAUUUACAAAAGUGCCUUUUUUUAUGAUCUCUACAGAAAACCAGCCGUGUUUUUGUAACAUUUGUUUGAUAACCCAUGACAGAUGGAGGAUAUCUUUAGGCUGGGGGAUUUUGCACAUUUUUUGUUUCCCGAGAAUGACGACACUCCAUGAUAUUAUGACAUCACAUAAGAUAUCUAUAACCGGUGCCUUAAUGUUUUAUGAUAUUCUAUUCACAAGUGUUUUGCCAAAGAUACCUGUAAUCUUGCUGUGGGUCAUAUGGUUGGAAUAUUCCUUCAUUAUAUAAAAAAAAAAAAUGAACCAUUCCACAUUUUUACAAAUGAAGGGGAAUAUAUUCUUAAGAAUGUAAUUAUGGAUCAAAUAUAUGGACAAAAGUGUGUGAACACCUGAGCUUAAGGUUGUCAUGUGCCCAUUCCCUAUUCCACAUUUAUUCCCAAUUUGCUGUUAUAAUCCCCUCCACUUUUCUGGGAGGAUUUUCCACUAGGUUUUUGAGUGUGCUUGUGGAAAUUUGCGAUCAUUUAUCUACCAUCCAAUUCAUCCCAAAGGUGUUCAAAAGGGUUGAGGUCAGAGUUCUACAACACAAGAUCUUCCACUUUAAAGCAGAUCUACAUUGUUGGAUUUGUGCACUUUAUGUUAUGCUGGAACAGGUUUGGGCCUCCUAGUUCAAGUAAAGGGAAAAUUUCAUGCUACCACAUCUAAAGACAUCCUAUACAAUUCUGUGCCUCCAACAGUGUGUUAAAGGUUUUAGGAAGAACCACGUAUAGGCUGAAAAUUCAGCUGUUCCAGUACUUUUGUCCCUAUAGUGUAUCUAUUUUUGCAGGUGUUUGCAUGAGUGAAAUGAAACGAAACCAUAACAUUCAGCAGCUAUUUAACAAAUUGAACAGUCAGAUGCUUGUUACUAUGUAACUACUGCCAAAGAAAAUUGCAAAAAAUAUUGUGAUAUUCUCUUCCUACUUUCAACCAGGCACGAGUGUCUACUUCUUUGCAGUACCUCGAAGCUUGAAAUACCUCGCAGAUUGAAAUAUGCAGAUGAGCUCAUUCACAAAUUCAAAACAUUUCCAAACAAGUUUUCAAUAAUGGAUUUUUUUUUUUAUUUUUGAUAUUUCAUUCUCAGUAUGUAGCUGUCAAAAAUUGGUGAAGUAUUUUGUUGAGUAACCCAAUGUUUUUUUUUAUUGAUGCUCACCUUUGUCGUAAUUACCCAGUUCACUUUUUCUACUUCUGUUGCAUCGGGACUCAAGCUAAACAUCACAAGCGGCCGGGACUGACUGGCUCACCGUUUUUGUUUAUUCAGCAGUGGAUUAAUCCUUUUCCUCUUUUUUCCGCCUUUGUGGCUGAAAUUCCAAAGAACCACCAACCACCUAUCCCUCCAAAAACAUAAACUGCAAUGGAGCUCUGCAGCAUUGGGACUGUUAGUAAAUAAUUGUAUGUAAUGUUAUGUACAAUUGUACUGCUUUUUAUUUUUUUGUACCGAAUUGUAUCAGCGUAUUUAAAAAAAAAAACACACACAAGUGUAAAGUUUCUGGCUCUUAAGUUAUAAGUAGGUAGUUUAUAAUAUGACUGACUGAAUUAUUAAACUGUAAUAUUGAACAUCACGUACAUGACCAUUGCAGUUUUGUAUUUCUGGUGUAAAAAUAUAUAGUUGUAUUUUGUACUUUUAGGAGAUUUUGUGUGUUUUUUUUAUCAUUACUAAUUCACACAGGAGGAGGAGGAGGACUCUUAUUUGCCUCCUAUGUCAUUUUUCUUUUAAAUGUAAAGAAUGUAAAUAUGGUAAGUCAUGUUUGAAAUUUGUUCCUCGGCUAGUUAAAAAGCUAGCUAAUUACAUAUUGUUAAAUGAGGUAUUAAAUUAGCUAGCUAGUUACAUAAUGUACAGUAGGUGUUCAAUUUGCUAGCUGGUUAAAUAUUGUACAUUAGGUAUUGAAUUAGCUAGCUAGUUGCAUAUUGUGCAUUAGAUCUAUGUAGAUAUCUAUUUAGAUCUAUAACUCUAGUUAUUUUUGUGGGUUAGUUUGCUUAAUUGUUAAAUACAUUUUUUCAAUAAGCUUGUUUAUUUAGCUAGCUAAGUUUGGGACUUUUUUAAAUUGAUUUUUAUAUUUUAUAUAUAGGUAUGUAAAAUAGGUUUUACUUAUUUUACUUAUUUUGCUCUUGAAAUUGUCUUAUUUUAUUUGCAAAUCAUUAAUCUUUUUUGAAGCAUUUAUUUUAAGAAAGAAGCUAAAUUAUGUGACAAUAGAAUAAUAUUUAAAACUAGUUAAUUUUUAUUUACUUUAUCAACAUUUUACACAACAGUGAAAAAUAAAACAACAUUUUCUUCAUUCAUGACAUUUUUAAAUUAAGUAAUAGUUAUGAUAAAGUUUGUUAAAUUAUCCUAAAAGUCUAGUUUUUUAGAGGAACCUGAUUAAUUAGCCAGCUAGUUAAUUUUGACUUUGUCCUGGAAGUGACUUUCAGCCUAUCUCGCAUAUAACUGCUCUUAAAUGACUGCGAUACAAUAAGAAGGUCCGUGAAUUUCACACAAAUGUUUGCUUUUGAUUUAAAAUCAACAACCAGCAAAUUGAAAAUAAUUUUCUGAACCAUUAGAAUUUUGCUAAAUUUUACACUACCCAAUUUAUGAUAUUAUAGUUCAUAUACACAUGAAAUUCUACACUGAAAUUAGUUUUAUAUUUAACAAUUUCGAAGAACAGAAAGCAUGAAAAUCUGCAUCAUAAAUCAUAAAUAUUUAACAUUCUUCACUAUUUCUGGGUCACAAUUUGGGCCAGAUCUUGGCAGAAUUUGUAUGUUGAAAUUUCAGCAUAAUUUCAUUUAUAUUCUCUCUAUUGUGCAUUAAAUUUUCUAAAUAAAUAAACAAAGAUUUUUCUAACACAGAUCGU